AUGGCCUUUAGAGGGCGGGGACGUGGGCGUGGAUAUGGGGGUGGUGGCGGCUUUCGAGUUGCUAAGCAGGAGCCGUUCAUACUCUUCCCGGAUAUUUCUGAAAAUCUCACUGAUGCGAAAACUGUGAAUGAAGAAGUGAACUUAGCCAUCUAUGGUUCGAGGUUGCAGAAAUUUUGGAACUCCCUUUAUUAUUUCAAUGAAGAAAAGACAGAGAAAGACCAAAGCUUUGACAUAAAAAGGUUAUUUGAUCUAGGCAAGAAAAGAGGCAUACCAAACAAGGAACUUCCAAAUACUAUUUUCCGUACUUCUGAAUAUGUCCCUGCAGAACUAGCUAGAGUUUCAAAGCUGGAGCAGCGAGGCCAAAAGAAAGUACGAUGGAAUCCAGAGUCAGCUCUGCAGAGAUUAGAUAUCUUCGAGAAACUUGAACAGAAACAUCAGGGCCAAGUUGAGAAAGGUGGAAAGGAAGGUGAUGAAGAGGAAGAGGAUGAUGAAAGAGUCGAAGAUGAGGACAAAGAAUUCAGUGAUGAUGGUGAUUACAAUCAGGUAUACAAGGAAACUUUGGCUCUUACACCUCCAUAUUAAAAUUCCACUCUGUUAUUAGAAGAUUUUCUUACCUAUUUUUAUGUGUGCCGAGUACUAUGCAUUAAGAGUAGUCCUUUUCAUUCUUUUUCAAAAUAGUACUUGCUUGAAUAUACCUAUAUACAACUGAUCGUCCUGUACAGCAUGGAUCUUAGAGGGUGCACAGCAGGGUGGCUGUCUUCCUCGCCUUUUAAAAAUUCACUUGAUCUAAAUAUAUAACGAGGAAGUUAUCCUCACACCAUCAAAUAGUUCAUCUCCCCAAACAUUGUUCUGUUCCCAAGUUUCCGACUAAGUGCCUUGCCCUGGGUGGUCACACAGCUCCUCCAAUAGAAAUCAAUAUGGGGGCCUUCUUUCAUAGAGAAGCUCUCUGUUGUUGGACAUAUCAUGCCUACCUAUCUCCACCCUCGUAAUUAAUAACAAUUUUCUGCAUAGGUUUUUUUAUCCAAACACACUGGACUGAGGGUAACUCCUGCCGAUUCGGUCUAUCCCUUUAUCAACCUGUUCUCCCACUUUCUCAAUGUUUUUCAACUCUUUGGAGAUCUCAAUGAAAUUUUGAAAAUUCCCUAGAAUUACAAGAUUUUUUUUUUUUAUUUUUUUAAUUUUGGGUCACAUCUUCCAUAUGCUGGUUCAAGGCUCCAUUAUUCUCCAUUUUUUUUUCUCAAAUUUUCAAAUGAGUGGCAGUGAUGUAGGUUUGACUUCUGCAUAUAUAUUAUAAAGGGCGGUCAUAUGUACAUCUGCAUUGUUGUCAACAACCAUAAAAAAGGGAAAGGGGGAACAUUGGUCCAAUUCUGUGAGUAUGGAUAGAUAAUAUUUUAAUUUAUUGACUUGUUU